GAACCAAUGCGCAAAUGAAACGAACAAAUUGAUCAUCCAAAUGGUGGAGGAGGAGGGCUUCUUGCUUUGCUGAGAUAAAAGAAUAAUUUUUUUUUUUUUGGUAUAAAAAAAAAGUAAAGAGAGAAAGAAGAGUAAACGAUGAACGUGAUCCACCCAUCGGUGCACCCAGUGGAGGCUCCACCGGUGACCGACGCGGCCAAUGGCGCGAUGCCCAGAGGGAGGAUGAAGGACAUCCAGGGCAUGCCCGGCACGCCCGGUGGCCUCGCCCUCCGCUUCUCUCAGUUCGCUUUCGCAGUCCUCGCGCUCUGCGUCAUGGCCACCACCAGUGACUUCCCUUCCGUCACCGCCUUCCGCUAUCUUGUUGCUGCUGUCAGCUUGCAAAGCUUAUGGAGCCUCAUUCUCGCCAUUCUUGAUGUGUAUGCCAUUUUAGUGAGGCGCCAUUUCCGGAAUCCCGUAGUUGUCAGCUUGUUUGCCAUUGGUGAUGGGAUCACUUCCACUCUUACAUUUGCUGCAGCUUGUGCAUCUGCUGGAAUCACGGUCCUUAUUGGGAAUGAUCUGAAUGAUUGUAAACAGAACCAUUGCACUAGAUUUGAGACAGCGACAGCCAUGGCAUUUAUGAGUUGGUUUGCUGUCUCGCCAUCAUUUCUUUUGAAUUUCUGGACACUAGCAUCCAAAUGAAAGACAUGGAGUUUUAUUCUGUGUUUGGGCAUGAUCUCUGCAGUCUGAUUCAUCAAGUUGUGCUUGAGAUACUGUAAACACCCUCCCCUCUCUCCCCUCUUAUGUAAAUUCUAUAGCUGCACCUAAAGCUUCCUUAUCAGACCUUUGGAGUAUGAUAUUUUGAGCCAGAAAAUAUGUAGCUUUGAGAUUUUGAAGAGUAUAUUAUCAUUAAACAUUGGAGUC